GGCGGGUCUUCGCGCUCGAGGCGGCGGCGGAGCGACGCGACGCGAGGGCUCCAGGGGAUUGACGGUUACACAGCGGCUGUCGUGGAGGGCCGGGGACGGGGCCCAUCAGCCCCCGCUUAGCGAGGAGGGAUACUCCCGAUCAAGAAUGCCUACAUUUUACUGUAUUUGGCCUUGUGACAAGUGUGAUUACUGCAACACUUUAGGUGUGCGGAAAUGUAGGAAUUGUGGUGAGCCAUUGAAAGGGGCAGAGCAGCCUAUGUAUCUGGAAGAUAAGAAUAUGCUUGAAGCACACAACCAGAGAAUCCUUACUUCUUGUCCAAAAGCAGCAAAAGGUCUCCUGUGCUUCACAACAACUAGAACUCCUUGUACUGUGAACCAGCUGAUGGGUGGAGAGGGUGACUGUGCAAAAUCCACCAAACAACUGUUUGACUAUGAAGACAGCAUAAGCUCCCUUGAUACAGGGUCCAAGAUUCAGUUUAGCGAAGAAAUCGUAAAGGCAAGCCUCGAGCUUUCAAAAUCUUUGGACUCUGUUUAUGAAGCAAAUCAAGAUGUGAAAGGAAAUAGCACGUUUUCAGACCUUGAGCAAGGAAAAUGUCUUGAAGUGGGGUUAGCAAUGGAAAUCUCACAAGAAAUGAAUUUGUCCUUGGACACAGAGUUUGACAUGUACAGAAAGCUGCAUGUAAUGUCACUAAAGCAGGCAGUUGGCAAUGGCUGUUUUCAGGAGUGUAAAGGAGAACGUUUGCAACAGUACUUUCCAAAAUGUAAUGUUUCUGAGUCACUAGAUGGUUUAGAUCAGGAAACACUUCCUGAUUAUUGCAGCAUGGACAGCACUGAAAAUUACAUUCGGUUCGAUGACGACAAUAAUUUGCGGCAUGAACAGAUUUGCACUGAAAUGCAAAAUCCAACACCAUUCUCUGACUUUCAGAAUCCUGCAAAUUUGAACUGUUAUUCAGACUAUCCUAUUCGGGUCGAAGAAAUAGAUGAAGCCUCUUUUUUUUCUGCUGUCACUUCAGCGCAGAAAUCAUUUGUAAAUGAGGACAGUGCUUUUUCUAUUCCUGCAGAAAGAUCAUCUGUAGAACCCUUUGUAGCCUGUAAAUCAUCAGGAAGCCCAGAGGUUGAUGUUGAAAAUAAUGUGAUCGAUCAUUGCAGGACUGACCUCGAUAAAUCAAUUGACAUUCAGACUGAGCUCUUAUUACCAGAUUGCACUACUCCAAGUCAACAUUAUAUUCCUUGUCAAAUAGAGGAAUUUGCUAAUGACCACUUUGACGGUGCGACACCAACAAAUGCUGAAUUAAAUGUAAGAGCUGACAUUUUCGUCCCUAGCACAUUUUCAAAAGCUGAGAAUUGCAUACAAAGUGAAAAUGACUCAAAACAAAGCAACAGUUGGGCACAAUAUAGUAUAUUGUCUACGUAUGGAACUAUAGAUGACUCCUGUGAAUCCGCUGUACUUGACACUGAGGUCUCAAGAGAUGCAGAUCAGCUGAAAUUAUUUGAAGACUCAUUUGUGUCAGCUGCUGGUGAUAGCAUAGUCUUCGGUUCAGAACUCAACUGUGAUGCAACUAGCCACAUGAAUGACCUCUGUAUACCAUUAACUAUGACUGGAGGCAAUAAUAAAUCUGUCAAUUGUGAAUACCAGACAUCAGAAUUUAUAACUGGAGAUGGCACUUUAACUGAAGAAAUUUCUGUUGGCACCAAAGUGAAACAUGCUUACUGUUCCAGCACAGAUAUUAUCAAAAUAGACCAGGGUAUUGAUGCCUGUACUGACUUUCGAGUUAAUUUUACCAUAGACAAAGCCACUAUGGCCAAGAGUUCUGUAAUUAACAAAGCUGAGAACACAGAUAUAACUUUGAUGAGCAAAAAUAGACCAACUCUAGGUCAAAGUGGAACAUGCAGGAGUGUUGCUUGUAACACUAAGUGGUCUACUAUUGCAUUUUCUGCGAAAGCACAAAAUACCCAGACAACUGAGAUUGGUACAGAGGAGAAAUGCACCAAUACUAUCUUGCAGACAACUGAUUUAAAUUCAUACUUAAAGGAAUUGGAUGCUAAUAGAUAUAAAACCAAAUUGAAGAAAGCCCUGGAUGAACUUGCAGAGCUGAAGAAAAAAUAUAAGAGUAUAGAGCUGCAGGAACAACAUCCUCUUUCUGGUACCAAGGAUGUAAGUCAUCCAUCCAGCUGCUGCAGCAAAAUGAAACAGAGGGCUAUAAAGGCUGAAUUGCAACUAUUGAACAUGCAGUAUUGGAUGUGUCAGCAGCAUUGCUGGAAAAUUCAUAGCCUUACUAUUGAGGAAAGUGCCUUUAGUGAUUUGGGGUCGUCAUUGUUGGACAUUCCAACUGAGUAUAGUUCGGCUGUUUCAUCUGUAUUACAGGAACUUAAGGUUAACUAUGAGAGUAUGAAAGAAAGAGUGCAACAUGGAAUAUCUCUGGACAAUCUUCCUCUCUUGUCUGUUGAGAUAAAAGGACCUUCACGCAUUACAAACUUUGUUCCCGCUACAUUGGGAAACCCGAAAUUGAUGUCCGAACAUCAGAAACAUCUGAAAAAUGGAACCGAGACAGCUGCAGUCAAUGUGCCAUUGCAGGGACUUUCUUCUGGAAGAGCUGUGGGCGAUACACAGGAUCAGAGUGAUCAUUGGCAGCAUGCAACAGAUAGAAGAGUUCAAAUACAGACUGAUUGUGUAAAUACUAAAAAUCUAGUCAAAGAUCCAGAAGUCACCGAUGAUUGGUUCGAUGCGCAAGAGAAUGUAACUGCUUCAGGUAGCUCCAGUUCUGUACAAGGGGAUUCAAAAAGCAGCCGGGGCCUUCUGACAGGUGCUGAGGAUACAGAGAAAAACACUGAAGCUGGAAAAAUAAGAGAUUUGUCUUUUUGCAUUGGUAAAUCUAUGACAAAGGAAAGCGUUCAAACACGCUACAUUUAUGUAGACAGGCUAUCCAAAAGCAUGACAGGGAUGGAGAUAAGAAACCUUUUUCAGAAGUACCAGGUUUCUGGAGUUUGGCUUGGCAGUUUACGGAGUGAAGACAGGUGCGGAGUACUGAGAGUUGCCUCUGCCUCUUUGGCCACAUUGGCAGUAGAUGAAAUGAACGGAAGGGAACUCCACGGAAAGAUCAUCAACGUCCACUUGGCAAAGGUUUCCGGAGGUCACAUGCUACCAGUAUUUACUUACUCACAGCCUCCAGCAUUUCAUACAGUUCAAACCCCUGAUGGCAAAAUGUUGAGUUCUGAAGUGGAGGUGCAGCAGUCUUCUGUAGUGGCUUCUUCUGCACCAACAAAAGUUCCAAACACAGCAUCUCAUAAGCAGGUGAACAGAAGAAAAUACAGGCAGAUGCAGGCUCUUCAGGGAACUCCGACCACAACAGGAAUUUUCAUUCCUCAAAAUUCAGCUAAUCUAAGCAGUUUCAAUAAAUUAAUGAAGACCCUCGUGGAAAUGCAUCCCGAUACAAACAGAGAUGCUAUCAUUGAAGCGUUGAAGGAAGUGAAAGCAAAUAAUAAGGGGUUUCUCAAUGGUCUGGCUCUCAAUACAAUUGUGCAGAUGACCUCUGCUAUACUGAAAAGCCGUCCAUCUGUAAAUGGUUAAGAGUGAAAGUUUUCCAGAAAAAUAUAAAAUGCUGAGGAAAUCCAUUGAGAUCUCGUUGCAGGCUUCUGCAGAAUCAGAUUUUUGGGUUUAAAAUCUAAUGUUACUGCGAAUAUCAUUUUUGGAUUUGAGUUUAAUAACCGACAGGAAUUGUUUGGUAUGAUGACCAAAGGCAUUUUCGUCCUGAUGUGCUGAUUAAUAAAUUGUAUUUGUUAAGAUUUUAAAUUCCUUCUUUGUUUGAGAAAGUUGAAUAAACAACUAAGAAGCAU